GUUGUCGGUGUAGUCUAUUGCGUGUUUCCACUUUUGCUUUUAAUAUGGAAUACGGAGUAAUAGACUUGCUUAUGGCCUCAAUGAAAACUUAGGCCACUAUGUGUUGUGUUGAAGAAGAUGAAGAAGAAGAAUGCAUAUUGAGUGGUGAAAUUGGUAAAAUCAUCUUGCAAUGGAAGUAAAUAAAGAUGAAGCUGAUAGAUGUAUUGAAUUAGCUGAGAAAUAUCUAACAGAAGGCCAGAAAGAUAAAGCGGAGAAGUUUUUAUUGAAAGCGGAGCGACUCUUUCCUUCUCAGAAAGCAAAAGACUUGCUGGCGAGAGUGUCUGCGGCCGGGGAAGGGGACACGGCGAACGAAGCCGAGGACGUCCCCAGGAAGAGGUCUCGCUCCAACACCACCACGCCGCCCCGGAGGGUGGCCAAGGAGCAGAAGGAAGAUGGCGCCGGCGCUGCCCCAGCGGGAGCAGACUACACCCAGGACCAGAAGGAGGCGGUCUCCAGGAUCAAGAAGUGCAAGGACUACUACGAGAUCCUGGGCGUGUCGAAGGAGGCGCCCGACGGCGAGAUAAAGAAGGCGUACAAGAAGCUGGCCCUGCAGCUGCACCCGGACAAGAACAAGUGCCCGGGCGCUGUGGAGGCCUUCAAAGCUAUCGGCAACGCGGUCGCCGUGCUCACGGACGCGGAGAAGAGGAAGCUGUACGACCUGCACGGCUCCGAGGAGGAGCGGAUAUCCGCGCGCAGGCGUAACCAUGGCCACCAGGAGUACAACUACACCCGAGGCUUCGAAGCGGACUUCACUGCGGAGGAAUUGUUCAACAUGUUCUUCGGCGGUGGCUUCCCCAACCAGACGGUGUACACGCGCCGGAACGGACGCUGGCAGCGCAACACGGAUGAGUACCAGCAGACGCGCCAGCAGCAGCAGACCGGGGGCUACACAAUCUUCCUGCAGAUGAUGCCCAUCCUGAUCCUCAUAGUGCUGUCCAUGAUGAGCAGUCUCUUCAUCUCGGACCCCAUCUACAGCCUGCACGCCAGCCCCAAGUUCCCGGUGCAGAGGAAGACCCUGAACCUGAAGGUGCCGUACUACGUGAAGGAGAACUUCCACACGGAGUACCAGGGCAGCCUGCGUCGCCUGGAGAUCACCGUGGAGGAGGAGUACGUCAACAACCUGCGGCACGCCUGCUACCGCGAGAAGAACUACAGGGAGACGAUGCUGUGGAAGGCGCGGAACUUCGGGGACAGGGAUCUGUUCACGAAGGCGCAGAACAUCCGCACGCCGUCGUGCGACGUCCUCAACGAGCUGCAGGGCCGGGCCUGAGUGCAGCGCCCCCGUCGCGAGCCCGCUUUCCCGGGGACACGCUCACGUUCUGCUGUUGUAGUGUCUCUGUGCCGAGAGAACCCCUCUCGUGCAGUGGACCGGGGCCCCGGUGGUCCGGUUGUGUCGCUGUUACGUGAUCGUGAGCACGCCGGCUCGGCAGGCAUGUUCACAGCACCUUCAUGAUACCUUCGUCUUUAUUCAAACACACUUGCCAGAGAUUGAACUCCUGCCCAAUCCCUCAGUGUUUCAAGUCAGGUGCACUGUAAACAAUUUUAAAUUAUGAAAUCUUGAAUUAUUAAUUUCUUUCUUGAAAUGGCUGCAAAACAAAUAUUUGAAAAUGUUUUAUCAAAAAAAUGGCAAUUGAUUUUUACUAGGUUCUGAACUUGCACUAGAUGAAUUUCCAAAUUGUGUUGUAAAAUGGUCGUUUCAACAACGCUCCAAAAAUUUAAGCAAAAUGUUCCUUAGCACAUUGCACUUUUUGAUUGAAAAAUUUUAUGAUUGUGAAAUACAAUCAAAAUUUUGCCCUAAAAAAAAAAUGUUUCACAAAAAGAAAUUAUUAUUGCCAUGAAUCAUAGCUAUUGGCAAAAAAUGUAAUUAAUUUUCCACACGAGUCUUAAUUUGUAAAUAAAAAUAUUUUUUUUUGUUAAGUUUCUGUAAGUUGUACAGUAAUUAGUUUUAUGUAUAUUAUAGUAUUUUACUGUAUUUCGCCGUUGAGGCACAUGCAAUAUAUUAUUUUAUUUUAUU